UGUUUUUAAUGGUAUAAAAGACCCAUUGUUAUUCAGCAACUGUAUCAGUCAUAGUUCCGACUACAAACUUAAUACAGUUUCAACACAGAUCUUCAAGACAUUCCAAAUCAAAAUCAAAAUGUUCAAGUUGUUGGUGUUAUCUGUUUUCAUUGCCGUUGCUGCUGCUGCUCCAAGUGGUCUCUAUCAUGAAGCCCCAAUUGCCUACGAAUCCGUCGCUGUUGUUGAGCCAGAAUAUCAUGUCGGCACUGUAGUUGAACACAUCCCCACAGCUGUGUCACAUCAAAGCCGCACUGACUACCAUAGCAAACCAGUCGUACACUCUGUUUUGGCUCCAGUUGUACAUGCUGCCCCAGCUGUGCACGCCGCUCCAAUUACAUACAGCGCACCAAUCUAUUCUAGCUAUGCUCAUAGCGCACCAGUCUAUUCUAGCUAUGCACACAGCGCACCAAUCUAUUCCGGCUCACCAUUGAUUCGUUCAUGGUAAUAAAUCAGCUUGGAACCAGUGCAUGUAAUAAAUUUGACUGACCAUUGUAAAAAAAA